AUGGCGUGGAGGGAGAGCUACUUGGACCUGGUGCUGAUCCCCGUGGGCCUCCUGUUCCCGAUCGUGUACCACAUGUGGCUGUGGCGCGCGGACAACGAGAAGAAGGCGGUGCUGGUGGUGCAGUCGCUGCGGAACGUGAUCAUGGGCUCCACGCUGGUGGCCACCACGUCCGUCCUCUUCUGCACCGGCGUGGCCGCCGUGCUCAGCAGCACGUACGCCGUCAAGAAGCCCAUCAGCGACGCCGUCUUCGGCGCGCACGGCGAGUACAUGAUGGCACUCAAGUACGUUGCCCUCCUCACCGCCUUCCUCCUCUCUUUCCUCUGCCAUAGCCUCGCCAUCUGCACCUUCAACCAGGCCACCUUCCUCGUCAACGCCCUCUCCCACCUCUUCGCCCUCCCCGACGGCGGCCGCCACCUGCCGGUGAACAAGGAGUAUGUCCUCGAGGUCCUCGAGAGGGGGUUCCUGCUCAACUUCGUCGGGAACAGGCUCUUCUUCGGCGGCGUUCCGCUCCUGCUGUGGAUCUUCGGGCCGGUGCUGGCGUGCCUCUGCUCCAUGGUCAUGAUCCCGGUACUGUACAACAUCGACAUAGUGUACAUCGAAAGAGGAAAGGGUGGCGAGGUCAGUGACAAAGUGGAGCUGACCGAUGCCGACAGCGACGACGGCAUGCAAGUCUGA